AUGGCCAUUUCCCCCCUCGUCGUCAGCGGGGCCGCCGUCGCCACGCUCGCCGUCCUCGGCCUCGCCGUCUACGCCUGCCGCCGCUGGUGCCGGGGCGCGCCCCCCGCCGCGCCCCCGCCUGCCUCGUCCUCCCAGGACGACGAUAUCAACAGGCCUCUAAUAUCAGACAAGUUGGAUGACUACUCGGGCCCAAGCAAUAACCUUGGUAGCAAUAAUGCUGGUGAGUCUACAAUGUGGACAAAUAGGAGUACCACUUCACCAAGGACGCAUACUCAUCCCACUGAAUCUCAUCCUAUUGAAGGAGAAGUUCAUGUGAUUGAUGUUACAAAUGGUACACCGGAAGAGCUCCAUCUAGGAAGUACGCUGAAGCGUACAGCGGAAGCAAGUGUGCGAGCAUCUGAGGCGAAGCACACAAGAAGGGCUUCUGGAGAGAAUAAUAAUGGCGGCAUUCCUGUGAAGGAUAUUACAGUUGGAAGCCACCUAGCCUUGGAGGUCAUAGCUGGCCCAUCUCAUGGAAUAAACCGCUACCUGCAGUCAGGUAAUACGUCCAUGCUCCCAAUGACUCUUGGAAGGAUUCCUCAAAGCGAUUUGGUGUUAAAGGAUUCUGAGGUGUCAGGAAAGCAUGCACGGAUUGACUGGAAUCCAAAUACACUCAGAUGGGAACUUGUGGAUAUGGGCAGUUUGAAUGGAACCUUCUUGAAUUCCCAGGCAGUUACCCAUCCUGAUGUUGGUUCUAGGCGUUGGAGUGCGCCUGCCGAACUUGCUGAUGGUGAUAUUAUAACACUUGGGAGUUCAUCAAAAGUAUCUGUUCAAAUUUCACUACAAAAUCAACAAGUGCCAGUAGGAGUUGGUAUGGUAUCUGAUGCAAUGAUAACCCGUCGAACUGGAAAGAAACUUCCCAUGGAGGAUGUCAGCUGCUACCAGUAUCCUCUUACUGGUGCUCAACAGUUUGGGCUGUUUGCCAUUUUUGAUGGCCAUGGAGGGGAUGGGGCUGCAAAAGCUGCCAGCAGGAUUCUUCCAGAGAAUGUUGUGAAAAUUCUUUCUCAGAAGGAAACAAUAGAAAGAGUUCUCACAUGCAGCAAUGCUUCUGAUGUUCUUAAGUGUGCAUUUGACUUGACGGAAGCUGCACUCAAUCAUCAGUAUGAGGGUUGUACAGCAACUGUCCUUCUUAUUUGGUUUGAUCAGAACAAAGAUUGCUUUGCCCAGUGCGCUAAUCUCGGUGACUCGGCAUGUAUUAUGAAUGUCGACGGGAAACCAAUUGCGAUGACAGAGGAUCAUCGAGUAGUCAGUACCACAGAACGAGCGAGGAUAGCGAAAUUAGGGAAUCCCCUGAAAGAUGGCGAAAGCCGUAUAUGUGGACUGAAUCUUUGCAGGAUGCUUGGAGACAAGUUUCUCAAAGAGCAAGAUCCAAGGUUCAGUAAGGAACCAUAUGUGAGCCCAGUAGUUCAGAUCUCGAAAUCAUGCUCAGCUUUUGCACUUAUCGCUAGCGAUGGCUUAUGGGAUGUCAUUACCGCGAAAAAGGCAGCACAGCUUGUCCUCGAUUAUAAGGAGAGGAACAUGGGCCAAGAAAUCUCAGCGGACGGAGUAGCAGACCAUGUGCUUAGUGAAGCCAGGAAUCUGCGGACGAAGGACAACACAUCGGUGAUAUUUUUAGACUUCGACGCCAUGAGAAUGGGUCGCUGA